UCCAUUCCAGAACAAACACCACUAUACUAGGUACCAGUCGCUGUUAUAUUAACAUGCCUUCCAACCAGAUGAGCAAGUCGGAUGCUUCCCGCAUCCAAUCCACCCAAGCCCAAGGUGGAAAAGAUAUGAGCUCUGGUGGCUUUGCUGCUCGAGCUCAAGGUGCUGCCGAUCGCAAUGCCAACGCUGCAGCAUCCAGCACCCGUUCCUCUCAGGGCCCGUCAGCGGGAACCCACCAAAGUGGCCAGCAGUCCACGCCCGGAAAGAGAUAAGCUCAUGAAGUAGCACAAGAUCUCACAGUUUCUUAUGGCCAUGAUAUCAAUAUGGAACUUUUUGAUUGGGUUCUGUCUUGAGCACACAUGAAUACGAAGCUGGUUAUGCCUCGUUCGACAGUUGUUGCGGGGUGCUUUCUCUGGGUGUGUCGGUCUGUUCUUGACGCAUUAGCUACCAGAGAUCUGCAUAUGGAAGCCUGAAAUUCCGAGAAAUCUUACACAUUGAACAAACUAGCAUCCGUGUGGCAGCUUUUUCCCUGGGUUAAGAGGAAGCCGUAGCCAUAAUGCUGGCGUCAGG